AUGAACAGAUCUUCUGUUAAUCGUUCUCCAUUAAACACUAGCAAGAGCAAAUAAAUGUAUACAUUCUCAAAAGCCAAACGUUGGGUUGAUGUUAAGGACAAUCUGUAAAUUAUCAAUCUGUAUAAAAUCUAUUAGAUGUCCUCCAAUCUAUUAAUUGCCAACUACUUUAAGUAAAAGAGCUGCAGGUAUUGGAUAUGGCAAGAAAAUUAAUUUAACCCAUGAAAGCAUUACACCUGCUCCUAAUUGUUAUACAACUCAUAAAAUCUAAGAGCAUGGAUGGACAAUGGGAGUGGGAAGAGAAGUAUACAUGCAUUCCUUAAAUUAUUUAAAUAGCAUGCUAAUAAAUAUGAGAGCAUUUUUUUAGGGUUGGUCUAAAAUACUCCAGGACCUGGAACUUACAAAUUUAAAGAUUCCAUGUCUCCUGUUCGUUACAGUAUGAGAUAGAGAUUAUCAAGUCGAAAAGAUAAAGAACGAAAACCUGGACCGUAUGGGUAAUCAUUUAUUUUAGAGGACACUACAAUCUACCAAGCAGUAUUAAUAGUACAGGGAUUUAUGCUCUUAGUUAAUACAGAAAGUAUUUAGAGAAUUAUAAAUUACACAAAGCUCUGGGACUAUUGUAUUGUUACCUCCAAAAUCACAUUCAGAGAGAAAAGUGAGAGAUACAACUCCAGGCCCUGGCUCAUAUAAGGAGAUAGGCAAUAUUGAUCCUCUUGGAACAUACUUUUGCUCAAAGUUUAGUGCAAGUAAAUGCAACAAAUUUCCAAGAGCCCAACGUAUUAUGUCUGAUAAUCGUGAUCGUUCCCCAGGACCAGGGUCAUAUAAAUUACCCUCUGAAUUUGGGUUUUGA